AUGGACGACGAGCUUGACUAUGGAUCUGACAAUUCGAUGCAUGACGACAUCGGCGAUGACUCCAUUGACGAUGAAGUUCCACGUCAGCCGAAAGAUCGACUUGAUGUAAUUAUCGACCGAAAAGAGAAAAUCGCCACCGAAAAAGCAUUCGGAAUCAACGAAGAAGACGAGAAGCAUCUAUGUAUCUCACAAGCUGAAGCUGCUGCUCUUCGAAAGGAACUUGAAGCAACAGAUCUGAACUCCAGAUUGGAUUGUGUUCUUGUCCAUGGUGCCGAUUCGAUGGACGAGUUUGAGAUCCAAAAAAUCUUCGCUGAUUUCCGUCCGGAGAAAGUUUGGAAGAAAAACGAAGUGGCAAUUGUACAAUUUCACUUUAGACAAGAAGCUGCAGCUAUGAUGCUCAACAUGUCUAAACUGAUGCGUCGUGUGCGUGGACGGAAGAAGGCCAACGAGGACGGCGAGGUGAUUUCCGACGAUGAUGACCUAGAAGACGGGCAAAUCAAAGAAGAGAAGGAUGAUUAUGUGGAACUGGUUGAGGGUUUGGAGCCGAACGAGAAAGGGAUAGUAGCAAGCGAGAAGACUGACUUUGUCACUGUGGAUGUUGGCUCUCGGGAAGUUCCGAAUGGAAAAUGGAGAGUGUUGACGAAGCACGUUCCAGCCAAUAUGUUUGUCAUUAUCCGUUUUGCGACUCAUCAUGAGUAUCAGGUUCUUUCAAAAAAAAAGUUUCGAAAAUACUUCUUCUUUUUUAAGGAUAUGGUCAAAUCGAGUAGUAGUGAAGUUCCGAAGACUGGAGUGAAACGGGGAAAUCAAUCCUUCUGGACAAAAGAGACAUCGAAUCGUGGUGGACUGAAUGUAUUUGAUAAAGAUGGAAAAGAGUUGGAGUGGGAUUACGAGCAUGAUACACGGUUCUACGAAGAAGACAAAAAAGAAGAGGAGAAAGAGAAAAUCAGUGUACCACAAGGUGUCAAAGUCAAGGGUCGAGGAGCUGUGAAGUGUGGAUUCCUUUUCGGCCAAGGAAGCAGUUCGCUGGCAUCCGAUGAGUCGUCGCCGUUGAAAAAAAGAAAGAACGAUGAUAAAGAAUACGAGAAGGACGAUGUGAUGUCACGAAUGGGAUCCUCUGCACAUGCAAUCAGGCCAGGAAGAGUGGAGCGUCCUAUGAGAGAUCGUGUCAGAUUCCCGGGAAGAGGAGAUCGGGAAGAUUACUAA